AUGGAGGGCAACAACAGCUCUUGGUUCGGUGACGAGGCUUUUCAAGUUGGAGAGUCCGGAGGUAGCGCUGACCUUCCUCAAAGUGCAGAGAUCUCCAAUGUAGAUGGUCUCAAUAGUCCAGGGUCAGCUUUUGCCGAUUUUGGUGAUGACCAACCGGCAAGAGCAAGCGAAACUCCAGAAGCUACCAUUCCCAGCAUGGGCGCAACCAACAGCCCAAGAACAGCACAUGCUGAAGCGGGAGAGUCUGGAGGUAGUGCCCAUUUGCCACAGGAUGUCAACAUGCCUAGCUUGGGGGCCACUGACAGUCCAAGAUCAGCUCAAGAUGGCUUUGAAGUGGGUGAAUCUGGAGGCAGUUCUCAUUUGCAUCAAGAUGCCAACCCUUCUGGCACGGCGGGCAACAACAGCUCUUGGUUCGGUGGCGAGGCUUUUCAAGUUGGAGAGUCCGGAGGUAGCGCUGACCUUCCUCAAAGUGCACAGAUCUCCAAUGUAGAUGGUCUCAAUAGUCCAGGGUCAGCUUUUGCCGAUUUUGGUAAUGACCAACCGGCAACGGCAAGAGCAAGCGAAACUCCAGAAGCUACCAUUCCCAGCAUGGGCGCAACCAACAGCCCAAGAUCAGCACGUGGAGAAGCGGGAGAGUCUGGAGGUAGUGUCCAUUUGCCACAGGAUGUCAACAUGCCUAGCUUGGGGGCCACUGACAGUCCAAGAUCAGCUCAAGAUGGCUUUGAAGUGGGUGAAUCUGGAGGCAGUUCUCAUUUGCAUCAAGAUGCCAACCCUUCUGGCACGGCGGGCAACAACAGCUCUUGGUUCGGUGGCGAGGCUUUUCAAGUUGGAGAGUCCGGAGGUAGCGCUGACCUUCCUCAAAGUGCACAGAUCUCCAAUGUAGAUGGUCUCAAUAGUCCAGGGUCAGCUUUUGCUGAUUUUGGUAAUGACCAACCGGCAACGGCAAGAGCAAGCGAAACUCCAGAAGCUACCAUUCCCAGCAUGGGCGCAACCAACAGCCCAAGAUCAGCACGUGGAGAAGCGGGAGAGUCUGGAGGUAGUGUCCAUUUGCCACAGGAUGUCAACAUGCCUAGCUUGGGGGCCACUGACAGUCCAAGAUCAGCUCAAGAUGGCUUUGAAGUGGGUGAAUCUGGAGGCAGUUCUCAUUUGCAUCAAGACGCCAACCCUUCUGGCACGGCGGGCAACAACAGCUCUUGGUUCGGUGACGAGGCUUUUCAAGUUGGAGAGUCCGGAGGUAGCGCUGACCUUCCUCAAAGUGCAGAGAUCUCCAAUGUAGAUGGUCUCAAUAGUCCAGGGUCAGCUUUUGCCGAUUUUGGUGAUGACCAACCGGCAAGAGCAAGUGAAGCUCCAGAAGCUACAAUUCCCAGCAUGGGCGCAACCAACAGCCCAAGAACAGCACAUGCUGAAGCGGGAGAGUCUGGAGGUAGUGCCCAUUUGCCACAGGAUGUCAACAUGCCUAGCUUGGGGGUCACUGACAGUCCAAGAUCAGCUCAAGAUGGCUUUGAAGUGGGUGAAUCUGGAGGCAGUUCUCAUUUGCAUCAAGAUGCCAACCCUUCUGGCACGGCGGGCAACAACAGCUCUUGGUUCGGUGACGAGGCUUUUCAAGUUGGAGAGUCCGGAGGUAGCGCUGACCUUCCUCAAAGUGCAGAGAUCUCCAAUCUAGAUGGUCUCAAUAGUCCAGGCUCAGCUUUUGCCGAUUUUGGUGAUGACCAACCGGCAAGAGCAAGCGAAACUCCAGAAGCUACCAUUCCCAGCAUGGGCGCAACCAACAGCCCAAGAUCAGCACAUGCUGAAGCGGGAGAGUCUGGAGGUAGUGUCCAUUUGCCACAGGAUGUCAACAUGCCCAGCUUGGGGGCCACUGACAGUCCAAGAUCAGCUCAAGAUGGCUUUGAAGUGGGUGAAUCUGGAGGCAGUUCUCAUUUGCAUCAAGAUGCCAACCCUUCUGGCACGGCGGGCAACAACAGCUCUUGGUUCGGUGACGAUGCUUUUCAAGUUGGAGAGUCCGGAGGUAGCGCUGACCUUCCUCAAAGCGCAGAGAUCUCCAAUGUAGAUGGUCUCAAUAGUCCAGGGUCAGCUUUUGCCGAUUUUGGUGAUGACCAACCGGCAAGAGCAAGCGAAACUCCAGAAGCUACCAUUCCCAGCAUGGGCACAGCCAACAGCCCAAGAACAGCACGUGCUGAAGCGGGAGAGUCUGGAGGUAGUGCCCAUUUGCCACAGGAUGUCAACAUGCCUAGCUUGGGGGCCACUGACAGUCCAAGAUCAGCUCAAGAUGGCUUUGAAGUGGGUGAAUCUGGAGGCAGUUCUCAUUUGCAUCAAGAUGCCAACCCUUCUGGCACGGCGGGCAACAACAGCUCUUGGUUCGGUGACGAGGCUUUUCAAGUUGGAGAGUCCGGAGGUAGCGCUGACCUUCCUCAAAGUGCAGAGAUCUCCAAUGUAGAUGGUCUCAAUAGUCCAGGGUCAGCUUUUGCCGAUUUUGGUGAUGACCAACCGGCAAGAGCAAGCGAAACUCCAGAAGCUACCAUUCCCAGCAUGGGCGCAACCAACAGCCCAAGAACAGCACAUGCUGAAGCGGGAGAGUCUGGAGGUAGUGCCCAUUUGCCACAGGAUGUCAACAUGCCUAGCUUGGGGGCCACUGACAGUCCAAGAUCAGCUCAAGAUGGCUUUGAAGUGGGUGAAUCUGGAGGCAGUUCUCAUUUGCAUCAAGAUGCCAACCCUUCUGGCACGGCGGGCAACAACAGCUCUUGGUUCGGUGGCGAGGCUUUUCAAGUUGGAGAGUCCGGAGGUAGCGCUGACCUUCCUCAAAGUGCACAGAUCUCCAAUGUAGAUGGUCUCAAUAGUCCAGGGUCAGCUUUUGCCGAUUUUGGUAAUGACCAACCGGCAACGGCAAGAGCAAGCGAAACUCCAGAAGCUACCAUUCCCAGCAUGGGCGCAACCAACAGCCCAAGAUCAGCACGUGGAGAAGCGGGAGAGUCUGGAGGUAGUGUCCAUUUGCCACAGGAUGUCAACAUGCCUAGCUUGGGGGCCACUGACAGUCCAAGAUCAGCUCAAGAUGGCUUUGAAGUGGGUGAAUCUGGAGGCAGUUCUCAUUUGCAUCGAGAUGCCAACCCUUCUGGCACGGCGGGCAACAACAGCUCUUGGUUCGGUGACGAGGCUUUUCAAGUUGGAGAGUCCGGAGGUAGCGCUGACCUUCCUCAAAGCGCAGAGAUCUCCAAUGUAGAUGGUCUCAAUAGUCCAGGGUCAGCUUUUGCCGAUUUUGGUGAUGACCAACCGGCAAGAGCAAGCGAAACUCCAGAAGCUACCAUUCCCAGCAUGGGCACAGCCAACAGCCCAAGAACAGCACGUGCUGAAGCGGGAGAGUCUGGAGGUAGUGCCCAUUUGCCACAGGAUGUCAACAUGCCUAGCUUGGGGGCCACUGACAGUCCAAGAUCAGCUCAAGAUGGCUUUGAAGUGGGUGAAUCUGGAGGCAGUUCUCAUUUGCAUCAAGAUGCCAACCCUUCUAGCACGGCGGGCAACAACAGCUCUUGGUUCGGUGACGAGGCUUUUCAAGUUGGAGAGUCCGGAGGUAGCGCUGACCUUCCUCAAAGCGCAGAGAUCUCCAAUGUAGAUGGUCUCAAUAGUCCAGGGUCAGUUUUUGCCGAUUUUGGUGAUGACCAACCGGCAAGAGCAAGCGAAACUCCAGAAGCUACCAUUCCCAGCAUGGGCACAGCCAACAGCCCAAGAACAGCGCGUGCAGAAGUGGGAGAGUCUGGAGGCAGUGCCCAUUUGCCACAGGAUGCAAGCUCGCAACCCGGCGACAUGGGUGGGCCACUAUCCUCAGAUUCAAGUGGCAGGGCUGUUGCCACUUCCAGCCACACACGUGGCGACAUUGGUGGAGAUGACCCUGGUUUGUUAGAUCGAAGUCUUCCACAAACGACGGGCUCCAAUUGGGCCCAUCCUUCUGGUAGUGGUGGCAGUGGUGGAAGUGGUGAUCGCCCUAAUGGCUACCCUAUCGCUGACAUCGUGCUUUCUUUGGAUCCCGGAGGCACGGAUGAAGGGCCUGAAGGGCCUGGAACAGAUGAAGCAGAACCGCCGGGGGAUGAGCAACACCUCAAUGAGCCAGCUCUUCCAACAGGCGCUUCAGGUGGCUCACCAGAAGCCACGGAGGAUACGGACGAUGAUUUUGGAGACUUUGAAGGAAACAUGAGCACAGCAAUUCCUGAGCCGAAGAGCACCCACAGAGAGCUGGAAAACGAGGACGAUGAUGACUGGGAAUUUGCACCAGUUCAAGCGCAGGCCCCUCUGAGCCCAGAGGAUCAGAACAAAUCAGUGCAGAAGCUGGUGGAGAACUGGCUUCAAUCGCUUGGAUCCAUGGGACCCAUGGGAGCCCAAAACAUGACGAUGCUAGGUGGUGCUGGGAUGGGGAUGGUUCGAGGUGAUGAAGACCUUGUCACUGAUUGGGACUCAUGGCUACAAAGUGCCAUCCCAGAAGAGGCGCACGAGCUGAUAACAAAUGGCAUGUCCAGCGAUAGAGUGCCAGUCGUGCCUUUUGCGAAGCUGGGUGUCAAAGCUGAACAGGCCACGUUUGGCACCAGAGUUCGGGACAACUUCUGGCAGGUCUUGGGGAAGCAUUUGCAACUACCGAGUGCUAAGCCCGAGAUGCCGAGCUCUCCCAGUAGUCCUGGUAGUCCAGGUGUUGGAACCCAGCAUCAGAGUGAUGUCAAGGGCGCGGGCGAAAGUGUGCAGACAGUCCAAAGCAAUCAAACCGUAGAAUCAGGUGCAGGAACAGCUGAAGCAGCAUCAAUGGUUGAUGCUGAUUGGGGGUUGUUGGAGACAGUUGGUACGACACAGACCUCACAGACCUCCAACGUCGAAGCCGCUUCCACCAACGAUGUCCUCUCGCAAGCGCUCAGCUCCGUGGGACUGACUGCAGCACCCGCAGCACAGCCAGCAGCCUCCAUGGUUCCGCUGUCCGCGGAUUUGUUGGAAGCGGCACCUGCACCAAAGAAGAAGAAGGGGAUGACUCACAAAGUGAAAAACUUCCUCGCUGGACUUCCUGAUUUGAAGCAUUUGUAUUCCAAGUCCGUCGUCACAUGUGAUCUCCUGCGGCAGCGGAGUCCUGUCUCUACGGCUUGCACUGCUGAAGAGGUAUUUUGUCUCAGCAUGUCCUUCUCAGGGCGGCAACUCUCAGAUGCUUACCGCGCAAGUGACACGACCAUAAGCAGGCUCGGGCCCAGCUCAUGGCUUUCGUACCAAACCUGGAGGGGUAAUCACGUGCAAUCUCCACAGGCCAGCUUGUUCCUUCAGGCCGCGCGACGAACUUCCUCUCCCGAUGGUCCGCGCUUUACAUGCGUCACAGUGCCCACCAUCAGUUCCAACGUGCUUGGAGCCAAAGGGCCAAGGGUGCAGGGACUUCGCGAAUGGACGAGCUUCCUUUUUGCAAGCCCCUCGCCUCAGCACCAUGUUCUCCAAGGCAGCGAAAGAUUGUGUGUGAGAAGGCCACAAUUGAUGCAAAAUGUGGAGCCCAACGGGCCCUCGGGCUCAGACCUUAGACAAUCUGCACCAGCCAGUUCAAAGGAGGAGGUGCCGCGACAGCCAGUGAAGGGCCGGCCCGAGAUUCCAAAGCCCCGGCCGGCUUAUCAGCUGCAUGAACCCUGGGCGGUGCCGCUUCGAGCCGGGGCUCAAGCUGAGACAUACAGGCUAGAAGGGCCCGCUGCAGCUCGAGCUGGAGGACACCGACCUGCCUUGCAACGUUUCUCAGCAGAGAUUGGAAGCUUCAACCUGUCGGCGCUUCGUUCUGCAGAGGUGCAGGGCUACCGUGCUUAUGAAGAUGACUCCCUCUCUGAAGCGGAGUCGCAGGAUUCGCAGGAGUCCUUGUCGGGCAAUGUUCAGAGUCGCUGGGACCCAACUAGAACCGAAAGGCGAUAUGCAUAUGGCGGAGAUGCAUCGGUGAAAUUCUCUGGAGUCAGGCGAAUUGAAUGGAACCCAAUUGAGUGGAAGGACAAGCUGUUGCAGGCGAAACAUUUGGGGACUAGAACGCCCGCAGAGAAGAUGAAGGCGGCUGUGUUCAAGGUCAUGGCCAUGAACAGGGUCUACAAAGGUAUUACUUCGCCUCCUGCUGAGUGGCAAAUCGAGGUAGAGCGUCAGAAAGCCGGACGCAUGGCAGACGAGAUGCUCCGCUUGAAGAAGGAGAAGGAACGAGUGGACCGAGCGAAGCAACAAUCGAAGAUUGGCAGAAAAGAUGCUCGUGCCAAUGCACGUUUGGAGCGUCAAGCACGAAUCGAGAAGGAGCUCAUGCAACAGAACACCCAGGCACAGUUACUCGUGGAACACAUGGAGGAAGCCUUGCUGAAGGUUCCAGAACUGCGGCCGCCCACAGCGCCAGAGCUUCAUCCAAACGAAGUCCUUCAAGCGAAGCUGGUGAUCCAUGAUCUGGCCACCAGUGGAUUGGGUGAGAAGGUCAGUGAGAUGGCAGGUGGCAAAGUGCAGGCAAACCAUCAACAUCAAGCAGCAACUGGAAAGGUCCUCCACUGGGAUCAGGCUGCCUUGAACAAUUGGUUGGCAGAGGCUUACGUUCCAUUCGCCUUGGCAUGUUCGUAUGGGCUACCUUUGGACAUCUUGGCUCAAGACAAGCUCUGUCAUGUCCAGGUUUGUGCCUUGGAAGCAGAAAGGACUGAGAUCGUGGGUCGCAAAGGAGUCCCAUACAUUCCCAUUGCCUAUGGGCCUAUAGGCACGGAUGCGCAUCAUUGCGGAUCCGAUUCCAUCCCACACCUGGGGCAUCCAUGGGCACAGGCAGAUGGGCAGAAUGUGGUGGAUGCGCUGAUGUCCUUCGCCCUAACUGCAGAUGACAGUUGCAGCAGGGAGACUCCCAACGCCUGCGGCCUUGGUGCAUUGCAGGCUGCGAUGCAUGCUCGAAGCUCCAAGGAGAGAUCUCAAGAUUCCAGCAUUGCCACAAUGGCCAUGGAUUCCCAGUCCAUGCUUGCCGUGAAUCAGACAGCUGAUGGUGCAGAGGUUCUUGCUGCACUUGAGCAUUUUGUCUUCAAGGACUCGGACCUACACCUGAACCAGACCCAGAUUGACAAGCUCUUCAAUGGAGUGGUUCUGGCGAUUGCCAGCGAAGCUGAGCGAAAAAAUCAAAAUUUGCUGGGUCGCAAGAUCCUACGCCUCCUCCGGAAAUCAGCCUUGGAUGCCUUCAAGGUGAAAAAUCCAAGCCCCAGAUACUUCGAAUUUCCAUGGCGCGGCUUUUCCUGGGUGGAGGAAGAGGCCAUUGAGACAGCUCGUGCAUCUAUGGCGCUUCCCAUCACCGGUGGAUCCAUUUUGGUCUUGGCCCUGGUGUCUCUGAACUUCUUUCACCGCACCUUCUCCAGGUCCAAGGACGACCAGGAAGCUUUGCCGCGGCCGGGUCGAACUUCGCCCGGCUUGGACACCAGCUCUACGGUGACGCCUCCUCUCAGUGACAACCUAGAGACCGGAUUCGAGGACCGAGUUGAGGAGGCCUCUACCCUUCAAGGUAGUGCACACAACUAUGACUACGCGGCAUCAAUAAGUAGUGGUGACGAAGCAUCACCACAGGUCAAAAAGGAAGAGGAGACUCGUGCACCUUUCCUGGCUUUGUUUCGAUUUGCCACAACGUGGGAUACGUUUUGCACAAUGAUUGCAGUGAUGCUGGGCGCCGUCCAUGGUACAGUGAUGCCAAUGGCAUUUUUCUUUUUGUCGGACCUCUAUCAUGCCAUCUACAUGCCGAAUGACGAUGGCAGCUUGCCACCCGUGAACUCCCCUCACAGCGUGAGAGAUACAAAAGUGGCGGAGGUUGGCAUGACCUACAUCUUGUUGGCCUUGGUGGUCCUAUGUGCUCGAACUGGUGGUUGCUACAUGGCCAUCCAUGCAGCUGAUCGGCAGGUGGUGGCUGCCAGACGCCAAUAUUUCCAUCAGAUUUUGAUGCAAGGGCCCAGUUGGCAUGAUCUUCACCAGGCCAACGAGCUGGCACCGCAAUUGGUACAAGACACCCAUCUCUUCCGGGAUGGCAUUGGGGAACGCUUGGUGGAUUUCUCGCGAGCUGUCGCCAUGGCGAUGUCUGCCUCAGCCCUGGCAUGUACUCGAGAUUGGAAGAUCUCGAUUUUGAUGGCAGUGGUGAUGCCAAUUGCUGGGCUUUGCAUGGCCUUGUCGGUGGAAGUGGUGCGCAACUUCUCAAUGGUGGUUGAAGCUUGCUAUGCGAAAGCAGGAGAAGUUUGUGUGACUGCAACCGAACUCAUCAAAACAGUCACUGCCUUCAAUGGUCAAAAAGCUGAGCUCGAGACAUUCAAUGGCCAUGUAGAUGAAGCCAGCUCUACUGCCAUCCAGAUUGGGGUAGUUGCAGGGUAUGCCACUGGCCUUACAAACACAGUCCUGAUUUGUGGCAUGUCUUUGGGCGUAUACUUCGGCUCUAUCUGGGUUCUACAAGAUUAUGAGUCAGACUGCUGGCGUUCCUCUCCACCUUUUGGCAACUGCAGAACGGGCGGCACCAUCCUGUCUGCAAUGUACACUGUGGUAUGGGGCUUUACCAUGGGCCUGGGCACCAUGAACAUGUGCUUCAGCGCCUUUGCCAACGCAAAAGCUGCUAUCCACCGCAUCAAUGCAAUCUUGGAUGAGCCGAUUCAUAUUGUUGGUGGCAGCAAGACGCUGGAUAAAGUGGAAGGUGCGAUCACCUUCUCAGAGGUUUGCUUUUCAUAUCCCAAACGUCCUGAUGCGUUGGUCCUGAAGAGUGUCUCUGUAACCAUCCCUGCGGGUUGCACUACCGCAUUCGUUGGAAGCAGUGGCUCCGGAAAGAGCACCCUGAUCAGUUUGCUCCUCCGAUUCUACGAGCCUGACUCGGGACAAGUUAGUUUGGAUGGCAAUGACAUUCGCAGCUUGGAUUUGCAUUGGCUCCGCUCCAAAUUGGCUUUGGUGGAGCAGGAGCCAAUCCUUUUCCAAGAUCCGGUGUACGACAACAUUGCGCUGGGAUGCAAGGGCGGUGUCUCCAAAGCUGAUGUUGAGCAAGCUGCCAAACUGGCUAGUGCACAUGACUUCAUCAUGAGCUUUCCAAUGGGAUACCAGACAAAGGUUGGAGAAGCCGGCACCCAGCUGAGUGGUGGUCAGAAGCAGCGUUUGGCCAUUGCACGGGCGCUGAUACGAAAGCCCGCAGUCCUGUUGCUGGAUGAGGCAACCAGUGCUCUUGAUUCAGCCUCUGAACGACAAGUGCAGAAAGCUUUGGACGAGUUGUUGGAUCUGGGAGGAAGAACAACCAUAGUUGUUGCACAUCGCUUGUCUACGGUGCGACAUGCGCAUCAAAUUUGCGUGCUUGACAAGGGGAAACUCGCAGAGUCCGGCACUCACGAUGAACUCAUGAGAAAGGAGGGUGCUUACGAGAAGCUCCUGCGGUUGCAGCUGUCCGUGCAAAAGGAAGAGGAAGAAGCUUCCAGCAGCCCAAAACAAGAUGAUGUGAAGGCCGAUGCACCCGCUGGUGGCGCGCAGAUGUUGUUGCAGCGUGCUGGCUCUCCCAAGGAUUCUGAAGAAAAGGCCGCAGGAGAUCAUUCCUACCUGGAAAAGGCCAAACAAUAUGACUUUGGGAAGGACUUGGGUGCGAAAUAUGCAGUUUCGCAAGUAUGGAAGCUCACCAAGCAAGAUUAUAAGUACUACAUCGUCGGGGUUGGCUUCACCAUGCUUGGUGCUUUCGUCAUGCCAUACUUCAGUGUUCAGUUCUCCCUGACCAUCAACAUUUUCAACCAGCCUCCAGCAGUUUUGGACCCAAAAAGCAAGAAUUGGUACGCAGCCUACAACGAGCCCCUCAUCGCGUCAAACGUCUCGAACCUCUGCAUGUUGAUGCAAGCAUUAAGUAUAUUUUGGUUGCUGCAAGCCAUUGGUGGCGCAUGGGCUUUUGCAAAAGCAGGUGAAUUGCUUUGCGUGCGAGUUCGUGCGGCCCUAUUUGAGGCGUUGUUGAGACAGGAAGUGGCGUGGCACGACAAGCAAGGCACCGGGCAGAUUCUAUGGAAGCUCGGAGCUGACAUUCCACAGCUCAAGACACUUGUCGGGGCCAACAUCGCAUCCGCUGCGAACUUUUUCUUCACAACGAUUAUCGGGAUUGGAGUUGCUAUGUACUACAGUUGGCGAUUUUGCUUGUGCAUUCUCAUCACGAUGCCGCUCCUGGGAAUCAGCUCCAUUGGUGUUGCAAUGAACAUGCGUGCUAUUGAGGGUGAUUACUCGAGUGGCAUUGUGUCUGAAUCUGUCAACAGCGUGAAGACUGUAACAGCUUUCGGCUUGCAACCGGUACUCCUCGAGAAAUACGAGAGAAAGUUGGAGGAGCACAUGACCGAUGAGCGUGGCAUUCGAAAGUUAUCGGCGCUAGGCACCGGUGUGGCAUCAGGAUCUGUUUUCAUGAUUUUAGCCAUGGCUGUUUGGGGCAUCAAUUUGUUCAUCUCUCGUGGAUUGAUGGAAGUGGACAUUGCCACUGUGGUCGUCAUGACGUUGGUCACCACGGUGUCAGCCUUUGGUGAGUUGGCCCGGUUGAUCAGUGACACCACGUUGCCCCAAGAUGCUGCCCGGCGCAUCUUCAACGUGAUCGCACGGCGCUCCAAGAUCGAUCCCUUCUCCAUGGAAGGGGCCAAGUUGGAUCAGGUCAAAGGCCACGUGGAGUUUCGCGAGGUCUACUUCCGCUAUGCCACUCGUCCAAACCUUCCGGUUUUUGAUGGUUUGAGUUUCAUUGUGGAGCCGGGUACCACCACUGCCCUGGUUGGACCGAGUGGCUGCGGCAAGAGCACAAGUGUGGCAUUGCUUCAGCGCUUCUAUGAUCCUCUGGGUGGCUGUGUGCUGUUUGAUGGGCAUGACAUCACUACCCUGAACCUCCAAUGGUACCGUUCCCAGAUGAGCCUGGUGCAGCAAGAGCCUAUCCUUUUCGCCCGCAGCAUUCUUGACAACAUCCGGUACGGCCAAGAGGAUGCUACCAUGGAAGAGGUGGAGGCAGCAGCUAAGGCUGCCAACGCCAGUGACUUCAUCACUGCCUUGCCUCAGGGCUUCAGUACUCAAUCAGGGCAUCGAGGUGCCCAGCUCAGUGGUGGACAGAAGCAGCGCAUUGCUAUUGCCCGAGCACUUCUUCGUGACCCUGCAGUCCUGCUAUUGGAUGAAGCCACCAGUUCAUUGGAUGCGGUCAGCGAGCGCCAGGUGCAGGUCGCCUUAGAUCGGCUCUUGAAGUCAAAACCCAGGACAACCAUCAUUAUUGCCCAUAGGCUUUCAACUGUAAGGGAUGCCAACCAGAUUUGUGUCUUCAAUCACGGAAGGAUUGUUGAGAAAGGUCGUCAUGAACAGCUCAUUGCAGUGCAAGGUGGCCACUAUUCAAAGCUGGUGGCAGCGCAGCAGAUCAGCAUUUAA